AUGGCGCAAGACGACAAGUUAUUUAUCGAUAAACUUAUCGGUGCAAAGAAUUGGCAAGUGUGGAAAUACCAAAUGCAAGCUAUACUUGAAUCGAGGGAAUUGUGGAGACACGUCGAUGGAUCGGUGACUAACCCAGACGCUUCUGACAGCAGUUCAGGGGCAAGAAUAGCCUUCUUAAAGGCACAAAAGAAAACAAAAGCCCUCCUUGUAACGAGUAUCAACUCGGAUCUGGUAUAUCUGAUAACCGAAUGCCAAACACCAAAGGAAAUCUGGGAUAAAUUGAAGGAACGCUUUGAAAGAAACACUGUGGCAAACAAAUUGCUUUUAAAGCAGAAAUUCUUUUCUAUGAAAAUGGAAGAUUCUGAUUCUUUGGUUGAACAUCUACGUCACAUGAAGGAAAUCACUGACCAACUUGCAGCAAUCAAGGCAUCAAUCCCUGAGGAUGAGCAUAUUGUAGCCCUUUUACUCAGCCUUCCACGAUCAUACAACACUCUAAUAGCUGCAUUGACUGCAAAGGGAGAUGAGCUUAGCCUAGAUCAAGUGCAUCAAGCACUCUUGAGUGAAGAAGAAAAGCGUAGCUUAUACAAGAGCAAGGAUGAUUGUGGCAAAAUCGAUAAAGGUGAGAUGGCUUUGCAGCAUGAUAAAAACAAUCGAUGGCCCAUCAAAUGCGAUGGAUGUGGGGAAGAAAACCAUGUGAUCAAAAAAUUGUCCCAAAAGAAGGAAAGGGGAGAAUAA